AUUUAAUUGGAAGUAAUUUCCCCAGGAAUAAAAGUACGGAGCAGAAAGCCGUAAUUAGUACAGGUUUUGAGAAUUGUACAUUUUUCUGUGGCUGAAGAGGGCGUACAUUAUCUUAGUCGCACACAACAGCUGAUCAUUUGAAAAUGAGCCUUAAUAGCUUCACCAACCAAGAAAACAUAAAUGCAGCGGCUUUCUAUAGGAGGGAAGCUGUUCUGCCACAAGUGGCUCCAAAACCUCAACAAAGGAAUGUACUGGGGGUUCUGAGUGAAAAUGAUCAGCACAAGAGAUCAUUUGGUCAGGGGGCAUCUUAUCCCAAGAAUGGCUCUGACUUGGAUAAUACAUUACCUUCAGCUGCAAAUUUUCCUGCCUGUAUACCCACCUAUUCCUCCUCUGCUGGCUUUGAGAUCUACGUGGAUGACCAUGAGGAGAGCAUGAAGUCUAUCCCUAGCUUAAAAGGGGACACCCUUGAAAUGCAGCACAAAGACUUUCACUUGUUCUUGGAGUGUAGUGCAGCUGGUUCUUGUAUGGAUGCUUCCAUGCACUCCCAGCCUGAUUGCAGUGCUCCUGCUGACCUCCUGGCGGUAGUGGAAUAUUCUGGGGACAUUCAUCAGUAUCUACGUGAAAGCGAAGUGAGAUUUAGACCAAAGAUCAGUUACAUGAAGAAACAGCCAGACAUCACAAACAGCAUGCGUAUAAUCUUGGUGGACUGGCUUGUGGAGGUUGGUGAGGAGUACAAACUACGUUCAGAGACGCUGUAUCUGGCAGUAAACUACCUGGACAGAUUCCUAUCCUGCAUGGCUGUUCUCAGAGGAAAGCUGCAACUAGUUGGAACGGCAGCAGUCCUUCUGGCUUCGAAAUAUGAAGAGAUCUAUCCACCAGAGGUUGAUGAGUUUGUUUACAUCACAGAUGACACUUACACGAAGAAACAAGUCCUGCGUAUGGAGCACUUGCUCCUGAAGGUUCUAGCUUUUGACUUGACUGUGCCUACAAUCAACCAGUUUUUAAACUCUUUUCUGAAGAUGACAGAUGUCUGUAGCAAGACUGAAAACCUAGCUUUGUAUGUGGCGGAACUAAGUUUAAUGGAAGUUGAUCCCUUCCUGAAGUAUCUUCCAUCCCAGAUAGCUGCAGCUGCAUACUGUCUUGCAAACUACACAAUUAACAGGAAAUUCUGGCCUGAGUCCUUGACUUCUUUUACUGGUUACACUGUGGUUGAAGUUGUGCCUUGUCUGAGUGAUCUACAUAAGAUGUAUCUGAGUGCUGAAAGUCGGCCACAGCAAGCGAUAAGAGAGAAAUACAAGAGCUCAAAGUAUCUGAGUGUAUCCUUAAUAACUCCACCAGAAGUUCUACCUCUCCAAUAAGAUGCCUUGGUGUCACUCUGGAUAACUAACAAAUUCAGCACUUGCCUCCUUUCUCGAUCGUAUUGGACUAUUUGAGACUAAUGCAGGUCAAAUGUCUCCAACUUGAUGUUUUUUAUAUAAUGUAUCUGACUUUUUUAAAUGCUGUUUUUUUAAAGUGCAAUUUUAUCUCCUGUAUUCCUGUACAUUUACUAUUUGUAUAAAAAGGUCAGUAAGUUUAAACUGGAUUGCCAUCAUGGAUGACUUCUCUAGUAAACAAUAAAAAUUUUAAUCUAGAAAGUGUGGUGGCUUCAUUGGAAGUGUUGGCAGUGGGUUACUUUGAGCCCAAUUAUUCCAAGUAUAACAGGCUGCUAUUGAAACUAAUCAUGCCAUCAAACAUGUUUGCACCCCUUUCCAUCUAGUUUAGUUUUUUGGAGUUGGUUAGCCACUACGUUUUUGCAAGUGUGGUUCUUAUUCUGGUAUUCAAUGUACUAUUUACAAUAUCUUUAGAGAACUAAAAAUGUAUUUUCCGUAUUGCACAAUGUUACUAAUGGCAUCUUUUUAAUGUCUGCCGGGGGGGAUAGAUACAAUGGCAAGGUCAAAUGAAUCUGUUGCUGCACAACAAUACAUGUGCACCAGCACGCUUGCUGGAGAGUGGCUUCCUGAACUCCUAACCAGGGACAAUAAUCUAAAUGUUUUCAUUUAAUGGAAAAGCAAAGGGUAAGACUUAAAUGGGUUUUGUAAGUUUAGUGUAUCCUGUUUUGCAGUGUUGGCAAAAUACUGUACUUGUCAGUUUUAUAAAGACAGAACAUUCCUUAUUGACUUUGCUCCCUUUUUAUUUCAUGAUUUGUUUAUUUCACACUUGGCUCGCUUGUGGUUAAGCCAUGACUAAACUGCACAAAUACUGUAAGGCUCCUUCACGAAUUCACUACUAAUUUUCACUUGAGAUGAAAUAAACAGGGAGUGGUAUCUGGAUGAUCUACACAACUUUGCAAUUUUGUUUUAUAUAGUAAAUACUCAGGAAGUGUAUAUUGCUCCUAAUUCUGUCCUACAAUGAUUUUAUUUUAAUCAUGUUGGAUAUUGUAUCAAUGUAGCCUGAUUUGCAUACAUGGUCAACUUCAGAUGGUGGUUAUACAAAUGUAUUUAAGAUAUCAAACUAGCCUAUCGUAUUUUAAUUAACUUGUUUCAAACCUAAAGCUCCCCUGUGGUCAGUGAGCUCUGUUGCUGACUAGUCCUGUUUAGUGUAGGGAACAUAUUGCUCAUUGGGGAAGGGGGAUGGGACAUGAUAUUGCUUGUCUACAGUGUUACUUUGACACACUGAAGUGUUGGAUUUUAUGGAUAUUGGAUGUUCAUGUGUCUGUAUUUAAAUGACUGUAGGUGAUAAAAGUUCAGAAUUCCAUUUAUAGAUGAAUGCGAUGUCUAAUAAAAUGUACAUUUCUACAGUG